AAUCUUUUAAUAAAAUAUGAGCGUGGAGCAUAGCCAGACCAUGCAGUGCUUUAACUAUACUAGGAAAGAAAGCAGGAAAAGAAUGAAGUACUACAAAUAAGAUGAAGCACACUAGCUCAGUAAGUUUCAGCUCCACUGCAAGCUCGUUCAACCCGAGGUAUUCCAAGCUAACCGUUUGUAUCAGUACGACCAAAAGGAAAGUUGGGAGGCAAGGGAGGAGAAGGCAACAGUGCUCGACCAGUUUUACGACCAAAGGGGUUUGUAAUGAGGAAAAUGAGAGUCAGAGGGUAACUAUCAGAAGGCUAAGAUCUCGUAAAACUCCGUUAAGUCUGACUCAGAUUAAAUUUGAUUUUGAUAAAAGUCCUUCAGUCAACAGAUCUCUGCAUGGAUCAUUCACAAAUAAAGAAGAUACAGCUUUCUGAGUCCGCCCAUUGACUCAGUCUUUCUCCACCCUCAAAAGACGAAAAGUAGGAGGCCUCUUCAGGAAUACUCUUAUCAUGCGAGAAAUGAACACUAAAAGUCCUAUACGGAAAAGCUCCAGCAAGCGACGACCAAUUCGUGUCAGAAAAAAGUCGAAGAUUACUAGCCAGUCAUUGCUUCAAAUAAGUGGUAAAAAGUUAGAAUUAACUCGAAAAAUUCCGAGAUAUCCUACUAAGGACUAGAUGAAAUAUUCAAAUAUUAUUAAAG